CUCUAUAAAUAGAAGAAUCAAUUCAUCCUUUUUCAUACACCACUUCAAAACAUGGGGAACACAGCUGAAGAGAAGCCGCAAAUCCCACUUCUCACACCUUACCAAAUGGGAAAUUUUCAGCUCUCUCAUAGAGUUGUUCUGGCGCCAAUGACGAGGCAGCGGUCUUACAACAACGUGCCUCAGUCCCAUGCCGUGUUGUAUUACUCUCAGAGAGCAAGCAAAGGCGGUUUUAUGCUGAGUGAAGCAACCGGAGUUUCUGAUACUGCACAAGGAUACCCUGAGACUCCGGGGAUCUGGACAAAGGAGCAAGUGGAGGGGUGGAAGCCGAUUGUAGACGCGGUUCAUGCCAAAGGUGCAGUCUUCUUUUGCCAGAUUUGGCAUGUUGGCAGGGUUUCAAACACAGGGUUUCAGCCAAACGGGCAAGCUCCGAUAUCAUCCACGGACAAAGAACUAACCAUAGAAACCCAGCCUAGUGGCGAUGUUAUGCAAUACUCACCUCCACGGCGCCUCACAACCGAAGAAAUCCCACAAAUUGUCAAUGACUUCAGAAUUGCUGCAAGGAAUGCUAUAGAAGCCGGUUUUGAUGGAAUCGAGGUGCACGGCGCUCACGGCUAUCUCAUAGACCAGUUCUUGAAAGACGGGGUGAAUGACCGUACCGAUCAAUACGGAGGGUCUCUCGAGAACCGAUGUCGUUUCGCUCAUGAGAUCGUCGAGGCCGUGACAGCCGAGAUAGGGGCAGAGAGGGUCGGCAUCCGGCUCUCGCCCUUUGCAGACUAUAUGGAGUCCGGGGACUCGGAUCCUAACACUCUUGGCCUUCACCUGGCCGAGACGUUGAGCAGAUACGGGAUUCUCUACUGCCACAUGGUCGAGCCGAGGAUGGAAACCGCGGACGAGAAAUUCGAGUGCCCGCACAGCCUUGUCCCGAUGAGACGGGCAUUUAAAGGAACCUUCAUUGUCGCAAGUGGCUACGACAGGGAAGACGGGAACAAGGCCGUGGAGGAGGAUCGCGCUGAUCUCGUUGCGUUCGGACGCCUUUUCUUGGCUAAUCCUGAUCUGCCUAAGAGGUUUGAGUUGAAUGCUCCUUUGAACAAAUAUGAUAGGGACACUUUCUAUAUACCUGAUCCUGUUGUAGGCUAUACUGAUUAUCCAUUUCUUGAUGAAACUACUUGAUUUCUGAAAGAUUUGAAAGUUACAUUUCUUGAUCCAUGGUAUGAUUGGAAAGAUUUGGAGUAAAUAUGAAACUGUUGUAGCCAAAUAAGGAAUUACAUAUCUCCAUGGUAUCUAUUUAUUAAAUUAUCAAUAAAGGGGUGUCUUUGUGUUGA